GUAAACAUCAUUCUAGAUAUGUAGUGUGUACGCACUAGAAUUAUUGAAAUCAUGAGUUCAAAGACAAUCAAAAGCAAAGUUAGUAUUGUAUUAGCAAUCCUAUUCUUGUAUGCCAGUUCCAUACAUUGUCAAUGUCCUGAAGCACAAGGUAGCACAUGUAGUUGUAAAGCAGACGCUGAUUGCCUGCCAUGGACCGAAUGCAAUAAUACGAAGUGCAUAUGCAAGGACUUCGAGUUAAUGAAUCAUGAUAAAACCCUUAGAUGUGACAAAGAUACACUGCAGCUGUCUGUUACCCGUUGCCACUGUGUGACGUUGGACAAUGUUACCAAUCAGUUGGUUCAAGGGAAUUGCAUUGAAAACUGUGAGAAUAAUCAUCACAAAAGUGACUACCUUUCAUUGCCAAAAGAUGUAUCCCAACUAAACCAGUUCAUGUGUGAGGAGAGGUGGAACAGAACAGGAAGACUGUGUGGGAGGUGUCUACCUGGACACUCUCCACUGGCUUACUCUUUUGACGUGAGAUGUGUGAAAUGCCCUGAGGGGAACAGAAAUAUCUGGAAAUAUAUUCUUGUGGCUUUUGGUCCACUUACAGUGUUUUACUUUGUGAUCGUAUUUUUCAAGAUCAAUGCAACUUCUUCUCAACUACAUGGCUACGUUAUUUUCAGCCAGAUAAUAUCCACACCUACAUUUUCUCGAAAUGUUACAAUUUACAGUCAAAAUCACUCUGAGUCAAAGGUCCCAAUUCAAAUAAUUGGACUGAUGUACGGAAUAUGGAACUUGGACUUUUUUCGAUUUCUUGAUCUACAUAUUUGUCUUGAUGUGUCCACACUCACAGUCUUAGCUCUGGACUAUGCAGUGGCUAUCUACCCACUACUGUUAACAGUUGUGUCUUACAUCUUGAUCAAGCUACAUGAUAGAAACUUCAGACUAGUAGUCAUCUUGUGGAUACCAUUUCGCUACCUCUUUUUACUUGUUCGAAAAAACUGGGACAGUAAGACUACAGUAAUUGAUGCAUUUGCAACCUUCUUUGUGCUCUCUUAUACCAAGUUCUUUUGUGUAUCAGCUGACCUACUAAUUCCAGUAAGAGCUUACAGCAUCACAAACGACAACAUUACUUGGGUGCUGUACAAUGAUGCUACCAUCGAGUACUUCGGGAGUGAACAUAUUCCAUAUGCUGUCCUAGCAAUGACCUGCUCUGGGUUACUGAUCAUAGCAACAGGUUUUCUUGUUUUCUAUCAACUAAAGUGUUGCCAACAUGUUUUGAAUUGCUGCAAAAUCAAGAAUCGAAUAAUCCAUGUACUGAUGGACUCUUUCCAAGGUUGCUAUAAGAACGGAACAAAUGGAACACGAGACUACCGCUGGUUUGUAGCGGUGCCUUUGAUAGGUCGCAUUUCACUGACUCUAACUUAUGCUAUGUUACUGGACAGCAAUGCUAAUUCAUUUUUAGGACUACUAAUUGUAAUCCUCAUUGUACUUACAGCAACUAUUCAACCAUACAAGAAACAUUUAUCACUAUACGCUAAAAUUGAUAUCAUUUUUUGGGCUUUCUUGGCAGCUGUCUAUACUAUUGGAGACGCCGCCAACUUCCCAAGUUUAAAAUCAAACCUUUUUCUUAAAAUAAGCAAUGUACUUCGAGUUGUCGUGGCAAUCAUCCCACUCAUCUACAUGACCGGCCUUACUGUCUACUGGAUGCUGUCAAGAAUGAGAAAAAUGACCACGCUCAUCAGUCGAAUCAGAGCGUGGAGGCAAGGCUACAUGAACACUGUCAACGGCUUAGAGGAAGAUCUACCAGACAGAGUAGAUAAUCCAGACAGAUACAGCCUUCACAAUCCUAGCAUUAACACAUGAUGUAAAGGAUAAGAACAGAAUUAUACUUGUAUGCAAGAAUAAAAACUUGGGCUGAUUGUAGAACAACAACAUCAUAUGGAUGGUAUAUAUAGUUAAUUGUAAUGAGUAUGCAUGCACGCAUGUACGGUCAGAUUUAGCGAGGCUAUAUAUACAGUCAUGUGUUUGUGCUUCAUGUUUUGCUGAAAUC